AUGGAGAAGGACAAUGAGCACAAGGAGAAGGUGGAGAAGGUGAAAAAGGAAAAGAAGGAGAAGAAGGUCAAGAAGGAGAAGGCGUCAGGCGAGAAGAAGGAGAAGAAGGAGAAAAAGCCAAAGAAGGAGAAGAAGGAGAAGAAAUCGAAAGAGGGAGCAGCCCCUGCGGCCGCCUCGAGCGAUGCUACACCAGGAAGCGAACACCACGCCGCCGACGAUCACCAUCACGAUGGCGCGCUGGGCGGAGCCGAUUCGUCCGUGCAUGCGCCACCACCGCUCAACGCGAAGCCCAAGAAGAGCAUCCUCAAGAAGGAGGGCGAGCAGAACGAUGAUCGCAAGGGCCUGACCGUGGCCGGCCUCGAAACGGUCCCAGAACCGGAGCAUGCCGACAAGCCCAAGAAGGAGAUCGUGCUCGAAGGCAAGAAGGGCAUCGUGCGCAAGAACCUCGGCGAGGGAGGCGCGCUCAAGGCCAAGAAGGCGCCAGUCGAGGCCUCGUCGUCGUCCUCGAGCGGUGCCGCGGCCCCCAACCCCAAGAACGUCAUCACCAAGCGAGCCAAGUAG